GGUUGCUCUAGGCUGUCCGACUGCCGGGAAUGAUCAUCUUGUUCGCGAACAAGUAACAUCAUGUUUAUGCACACUCUAGCUCGACAAUUAUACCUUCUGCUAGUGGACAGGUCUUACUCCCUUAAAUUUCAAAAGGUCUUGGCCGCAGGCGCCAAGAAUUGGUUGCUAAUAAGAACAUUAUCAUUUUCCCAGCUGCACGCGCUUCCAACGUGUAGCUUGAUCUUUAGCAGCACUAAGCAGCCUACCGGUGCUCUCGACUUGUACCCAUCCAUUACCAUCCCCAUCUGUGUAAAUUUGGUACUUAGUAAACGCACUCAACUUGAAUGUCGAAUUCCCAACGUGCGGGUGCUCCGGUUUACAAUCCAAAUUCUCCGGACGUACUACUAGGACCGUCUACCUGGUCUUCGUUUGGACAUGCCUUGUUGGCCACUGCGCUCUUCAGAUGCUGGCACAUCUUAAUCUUCUUUGGUGCUUGGUCGACUGCUAUCUGUGUGAUCAGCCAUAACGUCCAUAGUUUAGCGUUGCAACCCACUCUUAUCACCGUAUUUGGUACUGUUCUUGGUUUCGUCAUUUCCUACAGGACUACUUCCAGUUUCGAACGUUACAACGAGGGACGAAGGCUUUGGUCACAGAUUGUGCUCGGAAGCCGCACCUUCGCUCGCACCGUGUGGCUACACAUACCAGAUAACGCGUAUCCGAUUGAUCAGGCACUCACAGACCAGCAGGAGGAAUACAAGGCGAAGACUCUGAUUGAGAAGAAAUCCGCCGUAAACCUCCUCGAAGCAUUCGCCGUCGCCGUUAAACAUUAUUUGCGUGGCGAAGAUGGCAUCUACUACGAGGAUCUGUAUCACUUGGUCAAAUUCCUUCCUACCUAUGCGCUUCCGCCGUCAAUCCCUUCCGUCGUCGAUCUCAAUAGGACAAGUAACAUGAGUGAUGAUGUUCCUGCAUCACCACGUUCAGGGCACUUCCAUGGAUCAGGGCUCACGAGGAGAGCGCCGGCUCCGGGUCAACUUCCGUUCCCGACUACCACACCUGCAUCAUCCCCCGGGCGUUCCCAAAAUGGCGUUAAAUUUUCUACAGGCCCCGAUGAUAUCAGGCUAGCCCCUGCUAUGAAUCCGCCCAAGUACUCGAUGUUCGAUCUAUUCCCGUUCUCGCUACUGGUCAGGAUGCUGGCUAAGGAUGGGGUGGAUAAGCACGGUGAUGCUGUGAAAGGAAGGAGGGCAGCGAGACGGAGAGCUGUGAUGCGUAAUCACCGAGGUCAACAUUCGUACAACAUUCCCCUGGAAAUCUCGUUGUAUUUGGUGGUCGAUGCACCAACUACCAGUCCGUUCAUCGCUGUCCCCAAUUUCUGCAGACUUCUUACUAUUGAACCCGCAGCUGUUCUACUGGCAACAAUCACCCAGCUUGUAGAUGCCCUGACUGGUCUAGAAAGGAUCCUCACUACCCCAAUACCAUUUUCAUAUUCCAUUCAUUUGUGGCUGGUAACUGUUGUAUAUUGUUUGGCUUUGCCGUUCCAAGUCUGGUCGACGUUGAAAUGGGUCACGAUCCCCGCCACUGUUGUCGCGAGUUUUAUCUUCUUUGGCUUCCUUGUUGCUGGAGAGGAGAUCGAAAGAUAUGACAAAAAUGAUCUGAUGCUUGCACUCGCACAGGGUCAAGAGCUUCGCGCUAUCAUGGCGAUACCUACGCCUGACCCUGGUGUGUGGGCAUUCUCCGAGGAGAACGACCUCCUUUUCGCCAGCUCGGACGCAGAGGAACGCGUGCCACCCUCGGAGUGGGUUCAACGGGGUAUACCAAAAAUGCGAGAUGCGCUCAAACUGCAGUGAUCCGGGUGUCUCGGAGCUUGUGAAAGGGGGUGCAUGGGCGCGCGUCCUAAGUUGUUCUAGGCUCCCAUACACGAGGCUCACGUAUUGCGCCUUUCCUUUGUGCUUUUCUCUUUGCCAUGUUCAAUUUUUUCAUAAAUGUUAAUUGGACAUUUCACCACUAAUAUCGUUUCAGGAAUUUUCAUACCUGCUGCUCCAUAUCUGCUAUUGUGCUUGAUGCUAUUUUGUUCCUCCGAUCUAGUGCCACUACCAUCAUGUUGGAUUGAGGGUUUUGUGCUAUGUCGUGCGAACGAGAAGUUUUGCAAAGGUUUGAAGUGCUGUGAUAUAGUUCAAACUUCAAGCUGCCCGCAUCUCAC